AUGCAUGAGCUGUCGGCGAUGAAAGUACAGGAGUUUAUGAUGACCCAAGAGCAAACAAACUCUCGAUUUUCAGAGGCCAUGGAACAACUUAACGAAUACCAAAACAUCGCCAGAUCCUGUGAAAUUGAGAUGGCACGACUACGAAAUACUAUCGACAGACAAAGUAAAGAGAUUGACAGGAUGAAAAUGAAUAUUGGUAUUUCUGAUAUCGAUAUAUUUCAGCGAAAAGAAUAUUUGGAUCAGGGACAAGACUUACCUGUUUUCUCCAGGUCAAGCACACGGAUACAAGCAGCACAAGUAGCAUUCUACGUACAACUGAAGUCCAACAUAGAAAACAUUGGAAACCACCAAACGAUCAAAUUCGAUCAUGUCCGAACCAACAUCGGAAAUGGCUACAAUUAUUUUACCGGGAUCUUUACAAUUCCUACACCAGGCACGUAUGUUUUCUUCUGGACAACGGUCAGCUUCAACAACACUAGUGUACACACAGAGUUAACUGUUAAUGGUAAUCUGUAUGGUAUGGCGUUGUCGGAUUCUGGAAGUCACUCUGAGUUCUCGUCCGCAUCCAAUGUAGUUGUGACGUCAGCGCUUCCUGGGGAAACUGUCUGGGUACGAACAGGUGCACAGCAUUCUUCCGGCAUUUUGGGUGGAGACCUCUCUACAUUUUCUGGAUGGCUUUUGUUUUAA